AUGCCCCGCCCUCGCCGACCUGGCGCACCAGAGCCCAAACGCAGAAGCCGAAAUGGAUGCUGGCCUUGCAAAGCUCGCAAAGUGAAAUGCGACGAGGAGAAGCCGUCUUGUCUCAAUUGUCAAAGACAAGGCGAGUCAUGUGAUUAUAGCGUACGCCUCAACUGGGGUGGCCGAUCGAAGCGUGCGUCUAUUGACUCGUCCGCUCCCAUUUUGAAGGGAUCUCGAGGGACUCCAGUUGAUUUCCACGCAGUGGUGCGCUUGAAUGAUGUUGAGUCGAGAAAUUGCUCAGCUCCUGCUGUUGCAGAGAAGAGAGCUUUCAAAGAGGCAUUUAUCAACUUCAAGCCCGGCGAUUUCGGGUCUUCGGAGGAUGCAUCACCAAAUAGCAAUGCAACCUUUGGUGCUUUUGACUCUCCCCGGCCUCAGACGUCGUCUGACAUCGCUUUAUCUCCGUCGCAAGGCGGGAACGCGUUUGCAUCGGCAUUACAGCGGCAUUCGCCGGGCACUCCGGCGUCUGUCAGGCCUGUAAAUCCCCAUACCUUGAGCCAGGAGAUCGGAGGUACUGCAUCAUCUCCGGCUGAUCAAGCAGUAGAUUUUCCGUCACUGUCUGCUUUUGUAUUCCAUUCAAACUCGAUAUCUCAGCCAUUGUCUUUUCUACGUGAUGUGUCGGAUCCGCCUCGUCACUUAGCCGUGUCCUCUGGGACCGAUCAGGAUAACCAACAGCAAUAUGCGGGUCGUACUGGAUCACACGAAGAACGCGGGCUAAGCUUUUUGCUCAAUGAUAUUGAUGAGCCCGUGGGACCCUUUCGUGAGCUCACAGAUUGUCGCGAAACCCCAAUUUCCGCCGCGGCAGGCUCCCCGUCCAUGGCCAAUCGCGGGUUCGACUGCGGAUCGACUUCUUCGUUGGCUCGUCCAAGUCCAUUCUCAACGAUCUCGAUUGAUGACGGAGGGGAUACAUCGAACAGCAGAGAGUCCGUUGCUGCACAGAACAAAUGGCAUGCGUAUCUCACCAGCGUGACCGAUAACUAUGGUUUUGACAGCGGUCGACCAGAUCGUGACUUGACGCUGAAAAAUGAUCAUGCUGCUAUCGAUAUCAACUCUGCGGUCGACAAAGCCUCGCCAGCUUCACAAGCUCCUCAAUGCAACGGCUUUCCUGUUGCAAGAAAACCCAACUACAGCGAAUAUUAUACGUCUCCAGUUCCGAUCAAUAUUCCCCGCUGUCUCUCGCCUCUUCCUCCAUCUUUGCUGAGGAAUCCAAUCAAUCUGCUCUAUUUUCAUCAUUUUCUCGAUCACACAUCGAAGAUGCUCGUUCCACAUGACUGUGAUAAAAAUCCAUUCUUGUCUGUCCUUCCAUCAAUGGCCAUCUCUGACUCGAAUCUUCUGAAUUUGGUCCUUGCCUACUCGGCGAGUCAUCGAGCACGCUACCUCGGGCAUCCGGAGCCAGCCAACCGAAUAGCGCAUUGGGUAAGAGAUGUUUUCCCAACUUUGCGGAUGGCUUUGGAUGCAUCGAAACAGGACAUCACCGAUAGCCAUCUAGCUACGGCAAUCUUGCUCCUCUCAUUAAAAAUCGUCUCCCCUACCACUUUUGAGGUUCCCAUUACUUGGCAGAGCCACCUCAAGCUGGCACGAGAUCUUUUCAUGGCCUGCAGCGAUCGACUCGCAAGACCUGGCAAUCAAGUGGGUGCUUUUUUUGCCCGAUGGCUAGGGUAUAUUGAUACUAUGGGUGCACUCUCUUGCCGCCAAGCAGGGCCACCCCUGAUGUUGUAUCACCAUGUUUUAGCCGAAAGUUCUCGCCCGAAAAGCCAUGAUGAGAACUGCGUUGACUGCUUCACCGGAUUUAGUCCUCGAACUGGAUUAUUCUUCAUUCGACUUGCUCAGCUUGUUCAGCAAUGCGACAACGAACGAUUUGACGAUUUCGGUCAUUUUAGACGAGACUGGCACCCAUCGGCAGACAUAGUGAUGGAGGCAGAUGCGCUGCUGGGCGACUUUGACGAUCUUGGCGAAGUGGUUCAUUCUGACCCCACGCAUCAUGUGGGAAUCCAAGCCGACGACAUGAUGUCUACAGAAGAGGCCUUCCGCUGUGCCGGUCUUCUUCAUCUUCAUCGACGGGUACUUGAGUCUUCGCCGAAGUCAUUUCCUGUGCAGGAUGCCCUUCGUAGGCUUCUCGGUGCCUUGGAUCGAAUGAGGUUGGGUGCUUCAACCGAGGUCUGCUCGCUUCUUCCUUUGUUCACAGCGGGCUGUGAAUCACAGGACCCUUCCCAGCGGAUGAGGGUAUUGGACCGGCUGUUUGAGCUUGAAAAGUCAGGAUUGAAACAGAUACAAAACGCUCGACGACUGAUGCAGCAAUGCUGGGAGGAGGAUCUGCCAUGGAUAGCAUUGGCAGACGGACAAUUCCUGGGAUAA